AUGGAGAGUAUUCUAAGGUAUGUGCCUAAUAAGGUCACUUCUAAAAUGAAUGCGUCCCUCACCACCCCCUUCAUGGCUGAGGAUAUCUGCAAAGCACUUUUUAAUAUGCACCCGUCCAAGGGUUUAUCAUCUAUUCUCGAUAAUGCCACUUCUCAGGGUUUAAUCCAUGAUUUUAAGGUUGCUAGAGAUAACCCUGCUAUUUCUCACCUUUUCUUUAUAGAAGACAGUCUUAUUUUCUAUAGGGCUAAUGCUGCUGAAUAUGGAUACUUUAAGAACUGCCUGCAUCAAUAUGAGCUGGAAUUUGGACAUUUGAUUAACUUUGAGAAGUCAGCAAUCUCUUUCAGUCCCAACACUAACAACAAUAAGAUUGAGUAUGUGAAACAAUUAUUUGGGUUCUCUAUGGUAUAUGGGCAUCAUGUAUAUAUAGGCCUCCCUACCUUCUCAAUGAGGAAUAAAUGGAUCCAGUUUGGAUACUUAAGGGAUAAGGUGGUUCACCGGCUGAGUGGGUGGAAGCACAAGCUAUUCUUCUUAGGUGGUAAGGAAACCUUGAUUAUAUCAGUUAUCCAAUCUCUUCCCACCUAUGUUAUGUCUUUCUUUCGUAUCACUAUUAGUACUCUUGACGAUAUUGAGAGGUUAUGUGCUCGAUUUUGGUAG